UAUGCUCAGCUGCAGCCGAGUGACCGCCGCUCCUUUGCUUCCGCAGGGAUGAAAGACGCGGCCGAGCUGCUGGGACACCGGGAGGCGGUCAAGUGCCGGCUGGGCGUCGGGGGCUCGGAUCCGGGGGGACACCCGGGAGACAUGGCUCCCAACUCGGACACGGUAGAAGGGACCACCCUGCUGCCGGGAGAGGACAUCACCACGGUGGGAUCCAACCCCAGCUCCCUAGCCGUCAGCGCCAAAGACCCUGACAAGCAGCAAGGCCAGCAGGGCGGCCAGAACUCCAGCCAGGCCGGGCAGCAGCAGGGUCAGCAGAAGCAGAAGCGGCACCGCACUCGCUUCACGCCGGCACAGCUCAACGAGCUGGAGAGGAGCUUCGCCAAGACUCACUACCCGGACAUCUUCAUGCGGGAGGAGCUGGCCCUGCGCAUCGGUCUCACCGAGUCCCGGGUGCAGGUCUGGUUCCAGAACCGCCGCGCCAAGUGGAAGAAGCGCAAGAAGACCACGAACGUGUUCCGCGCCCCGGGCACGCUGCUGCCGACGCCGGGGCUGCCGCAGUUCCCCUCGGCCGCCGCCGCCGCCGCCGCCGCCAUGGGGGACAGCCUGUGCUCCUUCCACGCCAACGACACGCGCUGGGCCGCCGCCGCCAUGCCCGGCGUGUCGCAGCUGCCGCUGCCGCCGGCGCUGGGACGGCAGCAAGCCAUGGCGCAGUCCCUGUCCCAGUGCAGCCUGGCGGCCGGCCCGCCGCCCAACUCCAUGGGCCUCUCCAACAGCCUGGCGGGCUCCAACGGCGCCGGGCUGCAGUCCCACCUCUACCAGCCCGCCUUCCCCGGCAUGGUGCCCGCCUCCCUGCCCGGCCCCAGCAACGUGACGGGCUCGCCCCAGCUCUGCAGCUCCCCGGACAGCAGCGACGUGUGGCGGGGAACCAGCAUCGCCUCCCUCCGCCGCAAAGCACUAGAGCACACAGUCUCCAUGAGUUUCACCUAAUGGCCGGCGCCUCGCCCGCGCCGCCCCCGCCCCCGCCGCCGCCUCGCCCCGCGCCCCCGCCUCGCUCCGCGCCCCCGCCUUCCCCCACCCGACUUACCAGGGAGUCGACUCAGGAUCUGAAAUCAGACACCAACAGACUGGUUUGUGGGCCGAGAAACACCCCCGACCCUCCCCAAGCCCCUCUGCCCCCGCGCAUCCCCCGCGCCCCCUGUGCCCCCCGGUCCCCCCGCCCGGCGGGAGGACCCGCGGCCGCCCCGAGCCCGGCUCUGCCGCCCUCCGUCGCCACGACCCGGCUCUCCCGCCGUCCGCCCGUCCGGCUUUGGCUUUGCAAAGAAAUGCAUUUCUGUUUCAUAAUUUUUUGUGGUUUAUUUAGGAGCCGCGACCUGCCGCCGGCUCCUUCCGCCGCGAGGGCGCCGUCGGGGGACGGCCGGGCGGGUUCGCGAAAAGGCACGGAGACCCCAGAGAGAAUCAAACCCAUUUUGAUUAAGCAUUAAUGAGCGACAGCGAAUGUGAUGGGG